AUGGAAGAGCGCCAGCAGGACAGGUCUCUCGACGACAUGUGGAGUGAGGCGGCGCAAAGCUACCACCAAACUACCGGCAACGUCCUUCAAGGGAAACACCCGACAGUUGAGGAAGUUCUGGAGAAAAUGCGCAAUGACAAGGACAGCCAAAGUGUGCGCGCAACACGUCGGCAGAGCGUCAGGCUGGUUUUGGAUCGCAUCACAAGCCUGGGUGAUUUGGCUGCCGCAGGCGCCUCGGCGGCUUUCCCGCCCAGCAGUCUUUGCUUCACCGCUGUCUCAUACCUUGUCGAGACUUGCUGGGAAUACGAGAAGCAAAGGGCUGUCAUUACCGAUCUCUUUGAUGCAAUUGCUCCAUUUCUGGAAUGCUUCGACAUUUACCGCACCUCGCAUCAGCUCCAGAACACCGCCGAUCCUGGCGUCAUGAAGCUCAAGAGAGUCAUCCACGAGCGAUUGCAGUGCUUCAUCUGGAUAUGCAGCCACUUCACCAAGAAGUCCAAGGAACAUAGGCUCAAGCGCUUAACCAAAGCUGCAGUCCGCAUCGAUGAUGGCGUGUCUGAUAAGUUCGAUGAGAUAGAAAGGCUCGAAAAGGCCGAGGUAAGGUUGCUGCAGGCCCUCGGAUUCAUCGAACUCGAGGAGAUGCGUGACAUUCUCCGAAGGCUGGAACGCAAGAGGGAACAGGAAGACAUGGACCAGUGCCUGGACACCAUCAAGGCCUCUUUGGACAUCGACGGAACGAAACACAACUGGCAUGAUACACAAACCGCCAUCUGGAACGACACUGCCGAGUCGACUGGAGAGUGGCUCUUCAAACGACAAGAUUUCAGAGACUGGAAGAAUGGCGGAAGGGCCUCGGCCCCCGCCGUUUUCGCUUUGAAAGCCGACGAUGGCUAUGGGAGGAGCUACCUGUGUGCCGCUGUCAUCAACCAUCUGCUGAAGCAGCGGCCAAACGACGCCGGCCUCAAAAGGCUUGUUGCCUUUUACUACUUCAAGAAGGAUGAGCGCGAAAGCAGCUCCAUGAGAAACGCCCUACGCGCCAUCUUGUGGCAACUGUCCACAAACAGAACCAACAAACCAUUUGCAAAGUUCUUUUCGCGCAAGUGCGAACAGGUUGAGCAUCUGCCCUCAUCCAAGACUCAUGUGCUCUGGAAAGAUUCCAUUUUGGAAUAUCUGGAGAAGCCCGAGGUCAAGAGCCAGGUCUUCAUUGUCAUUGACGGGAUAGGACAUGUCAGUGAGGACUAUGACGAGUUUUCACAGAUCGUCAAUGACGUCUCGUCCUUUGAGAAUGGGCUAUCUUCCAUCCGCUUCCUCCUGACAGGCUCAAAGGUCGACCUCAAGGGGCUCAGGAGACAUUUUGGUACCCGCAUUCCAAUGACGGAGUUGGCCGUCAACGAACACAACAAAUCAGACCUCCAACUUUUCGUCUCGAGCAAGAUACAGGAGAUCAGCCGCACUUGGGAUCGGACGUCCGACAGUGAGAAGUAUCAGCAGCUGAUUGAGAGGGCUCUUCUGGAGAACACAGACGGUGACUAUCAGAACCUGAACCUCACACUCAAGGAAAUCAGUAACGCCCGGGGGAAACAAGACAUUGAUCGUAUUCUGGACCCCAAGCGCUUACGGAUGCCACGGGAGGAGACGAUCAGACGCCAGUUGGUCAGCAUGGAAAAGACUCUUGUCGAACAUGAGAUCGACAGCCUGAAUGAGAUCCUCCCUUGGAUCGUGCUACCAAAGUAUGACUGGCCGACCAUGAAGCAGCUGAAAGCGGUCCUCUUUCUCAAGUACAAGCAAAACCUAUUGAAGUCAGUCGAAGACCUGAUUACCGAGAGAUACGCACCAUUACUGGAGGUUGAUGGCACCACUGUGCGCUCGUACCACACAAUGAAGUACUUCAAGAAGGAGAAUGGUAGCCAACAGGCUCAAAACCCUAAGGAAACGGAGCCGGACACGCCUGCCAGCGCUCAGCAAGACAUGAUAUCGGCGGCAAUAUCCCCGUUCCUUGGCAAGCCUUCGCAUGACAGUAACUGUCAAGUGCACCACCUUCAGGUUGCUAUGGUACAAAAAUUCCUUCUGACUGUCUGUGAUGAAAAGCUGUACGGUGACUUCGGCUUCAAGGAAUUUUUCGAAGGUCUACAACGCCACCCCAGCAAGACGAUUGUGUUCAAUCGCGUGGACGGUCACUCGAAAAUCAUUUUGACCUGCUUGAAGGCACUCUGCGCUGAAGAUGAUGUCAAGGCCGAGGCUGAACCCCUCGUUGAUCUUGCCAUCACACGUCUUUCCUGGCACCUUUCACAAAUACAUUCGCAUGAACUCUCUUACGUGGAUGUUUCAAGAAGACGAACUAUCGGCCAGCUUCUAGUCAAAUUGUUCAGAGACAGAAAGUGUAUUGAAGGCUGGUUGACUCCAGAGAGGAUCGAGAAGAUCCGGCACAGAUGGCUCUAUCAUCCACAACAACAACACAAGAGCAGCUUGGCGGGCAUAGCCUUGCAGUGGCUCAAAGAUCCAGAAGUCGUUGCUUGGAUUGACCCGGCUGAGAGAGAGCUCGUCAAUACAAUCAUAUACGGGACCAAACGCCUCCGAGACCUCUUUGCCGAAGCUACCAAUUUUGUUGCUGAAAAGUGGCUGCUCGAUCAGAACUGGGAUGUUACUCAAACCUUCUGGUGGGUCUUGGGUUACGUCCAAGAGAAAACCGAGAGCCAUGAAAGCGCUGACGGGACGGUUCACAAGGAUGUGGAGAAAAACAGGCCCUCUCUGAACGACAUCUCUCAGGCUGUCAGCUGGGCCGAGUCUAAGGUCGAUACACGUACGAGUAAUUUGGUGUCGGCUGUGCGACUCCUUGACACCCUCAUGCGGUUUGAAUACUAUGGAAAAGCGAUUGAAGAGGCUCGGAGUCGCGAUCCUAACGGCUGGACGAAGGAUUGGUGCAUCGCGCGGGAACACCAUGUAAGCGGCAACCAUUUUGCCGUGAUUGAGUCUCUUGGACCCGUGAUGCACAAAUUCCAAGCCAACAAGAAUCUUCAACAUGGCCUCGGAAUGCCCUGGAAAGAAAUCAUCUACCUCUACGCCGAGGCCCGUGAAGCUGAGGGGGAUGUGCAACUUGCCUUGGAUGCCUAUCAAGAGCUCCUCAAGAGCUGGCCAACCCACUCCGAGACUAUUGGUAGAGCUGUCCACUGCAUGAGACGGCUGGCGAGGUUUUCGGAGAUCAUCCGGCUACUGGAGAACCAUGGGGAUGCAGCACGGAAUAGCGGGGGAUCACUUAAGAUGCUAUUCCUGGACCUUGCCAAAUCUCCAAGCUUCCAUCACGACGUCAAUUUGGCUGCAGGGAAAGAAGGACGACUUGAAUUGAUCAAGGAUGCCUACGAACAUGCAGUGGAAGCUUGUCCGUCUGGAUCCGAGGCCCUGUUCUACCUUCGCCACUACUACGGGCUGGCCUUGUGGUAUCAGAAAGAUAGGGACGGGAAGGAUACCAGGAAAGCAUUUGAGAUCUGGGAGAAGAACAUCUUCGACAAAGAUAUCCCCCAGGACUCAUACAUUCAGCGCAUCACAUCGUUCAAGCUAGCAUCCGUAUAUCUCCAGCUAGCCAGGGACAAUCACUUCCACCAGACUCCAGGUGGCUGCAUCUACGUAUCCAAGCUGGAAGCUCUUGUGCAACGAAAGAGCACAGACUUCCAGUGGACUGGCUCCGAGGAAGUCUUACUUGCCCGCGCCUAUCACUUGGCCAAGCAGGGUAUAAAGGACAAGGCUCUCGCGGACAAGCUGGGUAGGAAUGCCAGGAUGCUUGCAGCAAAGCAUGUGGGCCCAGCGCUGAAUAUCCUGUGUGAUGCUGAUCCGGACAACGACUGGGAAGGAUACACUUCGCUUUCCAAUACGCUCGGCCAUAUGGACGACGACGAGAACGCGCUCGCCGCAAAGUCCCUUAUUGGUCCUCUGCAGAGGGAUUGGAUGAAUCCGGACAUUGCGAACGACAUUGCGGAGAUCAAGUACCUCAGAGGGCGCUUGAAGUCCUCCUGCGACAAUUGCGGCUACCAGUGGACGGACGUGAGCGGUAUGCACAUUUGCCGAGACUGCAUUCGGACUAUAUUCUGUGCGGACUGCGUGCGCAGAUUGAAGAACCCGGACGACACUAUCGAGCAUCGCGUUUGCGACCCGAGCCACCAAUUCUUAGUGGUACCGAAGUUCAAGCCUGUCGAGCUGGACUAUGUCUUGGUGGAGAAUGAGUUGAUAAAGACUGGAGAUUGGAAAGAGAAUGUCAGAUCAAAAUAUGGGGUUUGA